AUAGACUCCAGAGUUGAUUCUUAAAUAUACUAUUAAUUUAUUUUGAAUCGCAUUCUAUAAGCUUUAAAAAUCAAACAUGUCAUAUGUUUUGCUUUUGAUUGUAAUAACCGUUAGUAAUGUUAAAAGUUCGGAGUUAAAAAAAUUCACAAUUAGCAACUACACAGAAAAAGUGCAUCCUGCACCCUUAAUAGAGGAUAGAUUUACGGAAUUGAAAGGUAAUAUCACAAAUAACUUCAAGUUAAGAAAUGGUGUUACAAGUCCGUUUUAUCAGUGGGAAGGCGGAAUUAUACCGUAUGAAAUACGAGGAUCUUUUUCAAACCACGAACUUCACAUAUUGGAAUUAGCCAAAAGUAUGUAUUUAAAAUAUACUUGCAUACAAUUAAUACCAAGAACCACUCAAGAUGUUUAUCUGACCUUUAAUAAUCUUGGACCCCUCGAUUGCGUCUCGUCAUCGGUUGGUAAAAGUGGUACUAAUAACCAUAUCUGGUUAAAUCAUGAAGGAUGUUUUAAUGGAGUUGCACUUCUUGUACAUGAACUGAUGCACGUUGUCGGAUUUUUUCAUGAACACAGCAGGUAUGAUAGAGAUUCUUAUGUAACCAUUCUUUGGAAUAAUAUACAGUUUAAUCAAAGACAUAAUUUUCAAAUUCAAGCUGGUGUAACCUAUGGGUUACCUUACGAUUAUGAUUCUCUUACUCACUACGCUCCUUAUAGCUACAGUGGAAAUAAUGAAUGGACUAUCAUUCCGAAGGACAUGAACUACCUAAAUAGAAUUGGUCAAAGAAUUGGUUUCAGUAAACUUGAUAUUACCAAAAUAAAUAUAAUGUAUAAUUGUCCAGAUAAAACCAACCAGUUGAAUCUACAAGAUGGAUAUAUUUAUCAAUUAUAAACAAUAAUAAAAUAAAAUCAUUAUAAAAUGGAAAAAGAACAUUCAAAACUAAAAACAUAUUUAGUGAAUUAAAUUAAAAUAUAUAUUACAUUAUCAUCAAUACACAUUUUUACUAUAUUUAUUGUUAGUAAUUCGUUUCAAUAUUAUACUAUUUUCUUUUGUAGCCUUCUAGUGAAAUAAAUUACGCUAAGGAUUU